GCAGCUUUUUUCUUCUUCUCCUUCUUUUACUCUUAUUACAAAACACCAGAGUCCAAACCCAACAACUCCAAGCAGCAACUGUAACCAUCAUAAGCCACAUCUUUGCCCAUUCCCCUAAAACAAGGUCUCUUUGUUGUUCAGAACUCCUGAGGCUACUGACCUAACUGUGCUGUAUUGACAUAAAAGUCUUAAGUAAAGAUCUAUCCUUCUCAGUACUAUCUCUCUUUUCUCCUAGAUUCCCUCUUCUUCUGCUUCUUCACAUUCUGACCCAGUAUUUAUAUCCACCUCUGGGGCUUCUCUGCACAACCCCACCUCCCCCUCUUGCCUAUUUUCCCUUUAUAACUCACACCAUUUUCUCCUUCAAUUCCCUGUCCAGUUUUCCCAUUCAAGUUUCACUCUGUAAGCUUUACUGGGUUCUAGCUUCCUCUCUUGGCCAUUUCUGAAUUCUUCCACAAUGGAUGACUAUUAUAAGCGGAGUGGUCAAAUUCCGGCAUUUGGGGACUGGGAUUAUGCGAAUGAGCUGCCAAUCACUCAGUAUUUCGAGUGUGCGAGGCAGGCCGGUUUGAUCAGGUUCAGCUCUUCUUCCGGUGAGAGUGAUGCACCGGCAGCCUAUCUUCAUGCUGACUUGUAUGCUGUUGAUGUUAUGAAGAUGAAGAAGAAGCCUUCUCGGAUUGUUGCUCCUAAUUCUCGAAAGACAAUCGCAAUAGGGAGAGAAAAGAGAUGCACUCAUAACCCGCAUGUCAAGGAGCAAAAGAAGCUGCAGCACCAUGCUAAGGUCCAUGACGAUGUGACUGAACCCUCCAGAAAGUUACACUACCAGCAGUGUCACACUCGCAGCAACGACGCCGUUUUGCGACCAAGGAGGCCUCCCAAGCCUGUCGAUGAAGACCUCUACAAGAUACCACCUGAGCUCCUCCACUCUACCAAGCGGAAGAAAAUGCUGGGAUUAUUCUCUUGCUUGGUGCCUGCUUGUGCUUCAUGAGUUUGCGAUCCACAGGGAGGGGUUCAUUUUGCUCAUAGUAAAAGAAAGAAUGCCCCAAUAGGAUCGAUCACUACUCACUAGGGAAAUGUCACAAACACUAGUACUGCUCUAUUUAACUGUAAUGUGGAAGCAUCAAUCAGCAAUGAGGUAGAACUUUGACGUUAAGGCCAUCAAGUUUCUCCCUUGUGCUUUCUAAAUUUUGUAAGUGUUGAUGUAAGAGACCAAGAAAGCUAGUUUAUAUCCUAAAUUGCUAAUGAUAUUUCC